UUCAAAAAAUCAGUGGGUUCAAAGAAAAUAACGCUCCUCUUUCCGCCUCUCUCUGAGUAUUGGAAGCAGCCACCUCUGCCGCCGCACCUUCCAGCCACCGGCCUCCGCACUCAAAUCAGAUUGUCAGGUAACUCAAAGCAGCUUCUGAGGGAACUGAUACAUAGCAUAGUUGUCAAUUCAUUGAGAAGGAAGGUAUGGAGAUAAAAUUAGGGGACCACCCUUUUGACGUAGACUUUCAUCCGUCGGAUUCUCUUGUUGCAACUGGAUUAAUCAAUGGUUACCUUCUAUUGUAUCGUUAUGCUGCUGAAGCCGAACCACAACGUUUGCUGAAAGUUCGUGCCCACAAGAAGUCUUGUAGAACUACCCGGUUUAUCAAUGAGGGACGCGCAAUUGUGACGGGAUCCGCAGAUUGCUCAAUUCUUGCCACUGAUGUUGAAACUGGAGCAAAGAUUGCUCACCUUGAAAAUGCUCACACAGUUGCAGUCAAUAGUAUAAUCAAUUUGACUGAAGCAACCAUUGCCUCGGGGGAUGAUUCAGGAUGUGUCAAGUUAUGGGAUACCAGGCAACAAUCUUGUUGUCACACUUUUCAAGUUCAUGAGGAAUACAUAUCAGAUAUGACUUUUGCAUCAGAUUCGAUGAGACUUUUGGCAACAAGCGGAGAUGGUACUCUGUCUGUAUGCAGUAUCCGGAGUAAUAAGGUCCAAGCACAGUCCGAAUUUUGCGAGGAUGAACCACUGUCUGUAGUCAUAAUGAAGAAUGGCAGGAAAGUUAUAUGUGGGACACAAACUGGGACUUUGUUGUUAUAUUCAUGGGGAUUCUUCAAAGAUUGCAGUGAUCGAUUUGUUGAUCUGAGCCCUAACUCAGUAGAUGCUCUCUUGAAGUAUGAUGAAGACAGACUCAUUACUGGAUCAUCUAAUGGGCUCAUCAGUUUGGUAGGCAUAUUGCCCAACAGAAUCAUUCAACCCAUUGCUGAACACUCAGAGUAUCCAGUUGAGCGUCUUGCUUUUUCACAUGAUAAGAAGCUUCUUGGAAGUAUAUCUCAUGAUAACACGUUAAAGCUGUGGGAUAUGGAUGAGUUACUACAAGGUCCUAGCACAGUGACAAGAAAUGAUACAGCUACAUCAGACAGUGAUAGUGAUAGUGAUAGUGAUGGCAUGGAUGUUGAUUCUGAUCUUGCAAAUGCUUCCAGAGGUACUAAGAGGAAGAACACUAGUACUUGCAAUGGGAAAGCUUCAAGCAGUUCUUUUGGAAGUUUUUUCGAAGGUUUGUAACAUUUUGCGGAGUAUCUACAAUGUGGACAUAUCAAUCAGCGAAUGUGUUGAUGCCCCGUACUUGUCCUUAGAUGUUGCUUUUGAUGUGCGCGUCAUGCUUCAUAUGGCAAUUUUGUUAAGGUUCUAAACUUUUUAUUAUAAUUAUUUUGUUAUAAAAUACCGCAGAAUUUAAUGGUUAUAAUUUUUUAUCCGUCCUACUUUUUAUGAUGUAGUAAUCUGCUAUUUUUGUAGUAUUUUGGUCUUAAGUUCCCAUUUAGGCUAAUGUUAUUUUCCUUUUCUUCACAUCUGAUAAGAUGGAACUAGCUACAUUUUCUCAA